UAGGUGACCGGGCGCGCCAAAGUGGAGGCCAUGGCGAUAGCGCUAGCGCAAACAAGCCGCGCGAAUCUGGGCCUCGGCCUCAAUCAUGGCGCUGUAGUGGCCUCACCUUCUUGGAAGCUUUACCACAACCCUCACUACUUGUCACCUCGCGGCGACUCUUCCGGCCCCUCUCGCAGAUCCCCUUCUCGCCCAGAGCACCGCAGACCUAUGAUCGUGGCGAAUUUCGACGAAGACGGCGGCGGCGGCAUGGAGCAGCAGCUGGGGUACGGCGACGGUGGCCUGGCGUCGGUGUCGGAUCUCCUGGCGCGGGUCGAGGAGCUCGCGGCGGAGCUUGAGUUCGAGAGGCGCAUGCGGCGCAAGGUUGAGGCGCUCAACGAGGUGCUCGCCGCGGAGCUCGCCGAGGAGCGGCGCCGGGUCGAGGCGGAGCGCGCGAGGAUGCGGGAGGAGCUCGACGAGGAGCGGCGGAUGCUGCGCGUCGCGGAGCUGUGACGGGAGGAGAGGGUGCGGAUGAAGCUCGCCGACGCCCGGGCCGCCGUCGAGGAGAAGCUGCGGGAGGUCGCCAACGCCGGGCACCGUGCUGCCGAUGCCACCGCCGCUGCCGAAGGCUGCAGCUGCAGGAGCGGCAGCCCGAUCGGCGGCAAGGUAAGCCUGGCGAGUGUUGGGCAGCAAAGCCCAGCGAGCAGUCAGCACGGCCAACAAAGCCCGGCGAGCGGUCAGCACUCCCAAUCGCACCGGCGAGAAGUCACUGGCGGCGAGAACCCUCACAUCAGGAGGGGGAUCAAGGGGUCCGUGGAGUUCCCGAGGGCUGUCCGUGUGCGGCCGCGCGGCGAGGAGCGCGUGGAUCUGGUGUCCAACAUCGAGUGCCAACGGGCGCAACUGCGCGUCCUCAUGCGGCACAGGAAUCCGGCCGCCGCCGGCAUGCCGGGCCUCGUCGGCGCGGCGCCAGACAACUUCGUCGUGUAA